CCUGCCUUCUUCGCCAGUGGCUGGAGUUGUGAAAUUUCGGAUCGCUUGAACUUUAUCCUCGCACGGUAGGAUAUAUGCCUUGCAUACUAAAACGAUGCCCCAGGAAAUCAAUUGUCGUGGUCUCACACACUUCUAAAAUUGUCGCCCAAAAAGGUGUGAGGCAAACGUCCGGAGUAUCAUCGGCUGAGCGAGGUACCAAUACGACGGUUGUAUUUGCCAUGUCUGCGGCAGGAAGCUUCGUUCCCCCCAUGUUUAUCUUCGCCCGACAGAGGAUGCACGAGACCCUCAAGAAAGCAGCACCAACUGGAGCCAUAUUUGAUUGUGCUCCCAAAGGCUGGAGUAAUGCUAAAUGUUUUGAAAAGUGGUUCGACCACUUUUUAAAAUUUACUAGGCACACCGAAGAAGAACCUAUCCUUUUAAUACUUGAUGGUCAUUCUAGUCACACAAGGAAUUUCUGUGUACUAGAGAAGGCAACGGAAAACCAUGUAAGAAUCUUGUCGAUUUCACCCCACACGUCGCACAAGCUUCAGCCACUAGAUGUGGCAUUCAUGGCGCCCUUAAAGGCGAAUUAUAGCACGGCCGUAGGUCAUUUUUUACGCAGACAACCAGGCUCUGUUGUAGGAAUUCACGAUGUUGCAGGAUUGGUGAACGAAGCCUUUUCAGCAACUGCAUCCGUGAUGACCGCAGCAAACGGAUUCCGGGCGUGUGGGAUUCAUCCGUUCAAUCCAAACAUUUUCAGCAAUGAAGAUUUCGCCGCUGCAGACUUUCUCGCCGAAUUCAAUGACCAUGAGCUAGACAAACUACUGAUGUCACUGCAGAUCCGUCUUCGCACGUUGAUGCCUUCCACGAACAGAAUCAUCAUCAGGAAAUUGCGUUGGAAGUUGUCAUCGAUCAUCAUCAUGGUUCUGCAGCUACGAUAGAAAUCGAUCCAAACACAUUCUUUGUGUUAGACGAAAAGGGAACCAUAGUAGAAGCUUCUAUCGAUGUGGUGAUGAGCUCAGACUUGGAAAUGACAGCUACCCAUGGUCCAAUUGCGUCGACGUCUGCGGCAACGACUAAGAGAAAAAGGAAUGUUGUUAAAAAAAAGCAAGAAGCUGCUGAAUUAACUUCAACAGAACAUAAAAAAGAUCUAAUCCUUUCGCAGGCUCGAGAAAGGGCCCAGAAUAUCAAAAAAGGAACAAGAAAACGUGGAGGUCGCAAAGACAAUUCCGUGUGCUACGAUACUUUAUGUUCAUUCUGUGGAACUUUAUUUAGCUUGAGUGAUGGUCAAGACAACUGGUUGAAAUGUAUAAACUGCAAUGAAUGGUACCAUCUCUCGUGCUUA